AUGUACCACGUCGACAAUAAAUAUAUCCAGGCUCCCAUGAAACAACGGACGGACUACUACACCUCCUCUGCAACCCUUACCAGUACUCUGGAGUCGAAUCCUGUCAUUCCAAACGCCAUGAGCCAAGAGCACCAAAGACUACGUCCAAGUCUACGGCGAUUCAUGCUGUCGUAUGCCCCCGACUGGAUCAUAUCUGGUGCCCUUUGGGCGAUCUUCUGGGCAAUCGACAACUACAUCCGAGUCUCUGGGUUUAAGAGGCAGUUUUCGCUGUCUGAUGUCUCAUUACGAUAUCCCUAUGCUGUCAAUGAACGUGUCGGGACAACGGCUCUUAGCUUCAUCUCUUGCGGCAUCCCAUUUGUGGUUCAGUGCUUCGUCAAUUUUUUGACAGUCCAGUCAUGGUGGGAUUUCCACCACAGCACUCUGGGAUUGGUCCUCUCUCUGUCGACGACAAGGGCCAUCACACAAUUAGUCAAAGUCACGGUUGGACGACCUCGGCCAGAUUUAAUCUCCCGCUGUCAGCCUGUGACGGGCUCUGCAGACCCUCUUUUUGGCCUAUCUACGGUAGAUAUAUGUACGCAGACGGUAUCGAAGAUACUCGAAGAUGGAUGGAAAAGCUUCCCCAGCGGUCAUUCCAGCAUGUCCUUUGCAGGCCUCGGAUUCCUCGCCUUUUACUUGAUCGGUAAACUGCAUCUAUUUGACACCCGGGGAUAUGUCAGUAAAGUGUGGAUAUGUAUUGCUCCCCUUGCUGGUGCAAUGUUAGUGGCAAUUUCGCGCACUAUGGACUAUCGUCACCAUUGGCAGGACGUUGUGGGUGGAUCGACGCUUGGACUUCUCCUCGCAUACUUUUCGUACAGGCAGUAUUACCCUCACCUAGCAUUGGCAGAAUCACACCAGCCGUAUACUACCCGGUUCGAAGAUACCAAGAGUGUUGAAUUUGGUGGGAUCAGCGGAACCACAGAACCGUUGUUAAACAGUUAUGACGAAGAUGAUGAAGUGAUCAGCACGAGACGUCAUCCAAGGACCGGAAUUCGACGGUAA